AUGAAGUUUGGUAGAACAGAUUUAUUUUCUAUUUUGCAAGAUGUAAAACGCCAAGGGAAAAAGAUCAAACUUAAGAGGAGGUGGUUAUUGGGCUUACCUAUCACAAAACGCGAGAGGAAGAAGUUAAAGGAAAAUCGCAAUAGGUAUUUGCCCGAGUUACUCAGAAAAGAUGAUAUGUUUUAUGAGUCAGUUAGAACUCAUGUUGAACGCGCUUUUGGGGCACACUACAUUGAAAGAGAAAACUCUAUCCCUCAGGAUGACAAGGAUUUGAACCGAAUACCGGACUUAAAUAGGUUGAUGUUAUCAUGCCUUGAUAAUUUGACUACCAAGGGUUUAUACCUUCUUGCUAUGAUAGUUAGUGGAGACACUGCCAAGUAUGAAAGAACUCGAGGUAGUUUGAAAAAGAUUAUCAAGGAUUCUAUUUCAAGUCAUCUGAGUAGCGAAAGACGUAAUGACCAACAACUGGAAACUCGUAAACAGAUUUUUCAACUUCUCAACAAUCCUCUACAUUUUCGACGUAAGUGUGAGCUUUUACCUGGAUCCGAGUCCCAAUUUUAUCAUGCUGCUGCAGUAAAGGUUUUAUGCGGACUUGAAAAGUUACCAUCCCAAACCUUGAUUGCAAUGCGUAGAAAACUUAAAGGAAUUAAAGCACCAAUGCCUCAGUUGCAACCAUGCAAACACGGAUGGGGACGAGGCCAUCUCAUCAAACUAGUGGAUAAAAUCUGUAGGAAGAUGCUUUUAAAACUCGAUGAAGGAAAUGAGCUACAAAAGCCAUUAGCCAAAGCUAUGUCAGUAGCAGACUUAUCACUAAAACUAAUGUUUGGUUUUGGUAGCAUGUUCUUAGAAGAACUUUACCAGUUCUCGCCUGAAGUGAAGUCCUUGCAGAGUGAUAUUUUGAAUGCUAUAUGGUCUGUUGAGAAAAAGGAAGUAGUGCCAUUGAAAGUUCUAAGAGAUUUACAGCUUCUCAUAGAACCAAAUACUACAAUUACAAAUAAGAGUUUACGCACAGCUUUUGUGAAUCUUUUGACUGAAUUUCUUUUUGAGUCCAGUGAUAUGGAUAGCACUCCAAAGUCUUUAUUGCAGAUCCUAGAUGUUAUCAAUAAGUGCUCUAAUAAAAGCACACACGAUGCAACAGUCCAGAAGAAGCAUAUUGAAGAAGAAGUUGACUGCAUACUAAGUGUGAGUGCUCAGACAAAUCAAGUUAUUCAAGACUUGUUGCCCGACUGUGAAUUUGACCAGGACUUUACGGAUGCUUAUAUGGAGCAAUCAGAAGAAAGUGAUGAAAGUGAGAGUGACUGUGAUAGUGAUAAAGAUGACGGUGAUAAUCAACUUUUUGAUAACAGACAAUUUAAAAAUGGAUCAUUCAGUACAGCAGAUUCAGACUACAAAGGAGAAAGUGUUGGGGAUUUUAUGCCAUCUGAGAUCUAUCCUUCUACCACUAUGACCGAGGAAAGGUUCAAUAUUGCUUCUGAAAAUCUUCAACCUAUGGACUGUGAUACUAUAAAUUUGGAAUCAGAAAUUCGCAACAAUAACCAAUGCCAAGAGGGAAGCACAAAGCAGUUCUGUACACCAAUGGCUAGGAAAAACUAUGAUUCUUCAGUUGUGUCACCUGACAAAGAAUCGGGUGAAAAUAUUGUCAAGAGACAUGAAUUUCAUGAAUCUUACACUAAAGUUGAUCCAAGAGAUACAUCUAAUUUUUGUGAGGAGAUGGAACCCCCGCCCACCAAGCACAUCGCACGCAAGAACCAGUACCUUGCAUCCCAAGAUGCUUGUGACAAGACAGCAAUGCUUGCAUAUAAUCUCAUAGGUCAUUUGCUUGAAGAGUUUGCAAUAGCUGAAGGCCUGAAUUUAGACUUGAGCAAGAGGUCAUACCUCAAUUGUGAUAAGCAAAUUGAAGAAGCCAAAGAAACUAAUGAGCGGUCAUCAUCUAAGAAACGUACAAGAGGCCCGGCUAUUGUUCGAGUAAUUGAAGAGCUUAUUCCUUCCUUUCCAGAUAGUAGCAUGGAAAGACUGAAGAUAUUGAUGGACUUAUGA